AUGGCAUUCUCGUGCAUCCAACCCUUCCAGUAUGUCGCUCUGCGACUCCCAAACAACUCUGUAAAAGUCGAACAAAUAAUGCCCAACACAUAUCAGCCAACGGCUUUGGGAGCUGUCGCUGACUCUGUUACAAGGAUCAUAAAUCUCGGGAAAUACGGCUCGUUUCAUACCAAUCAAAUUCUUGGUCGUCCGUACAAUCUGACUUUCGAGAUCCUCGAUCGAUCUGAAAGUCGCGAGGGUAGAGAGCUGAGGGUAGUUCCCGCAGCCGAGUUACAUGCUGUUGCUUUGGUAGAAGAAGCUGAGACUGACGGGGCGUCCACCCCAAUCACGGGAGCCGACGACACUGGUACAUCAACUCCUUUCAAAUCGAAUGUCAACAUACAUGACAAUCCUCUAAAUCAGAAGCUCACAAUGUCUGAAAUUGAAGCAUUGAAGCAAGAAAGUAUAGGGAGUGGCAAGGAUUUGAUCGACAAGAUCAUGCAAUCCCACUCCACAAUAGACCAAAAGACCGCAUUUUCUCUCGCCAAAUACUCCCUGAGGAAGCACCAAAAAUACAUGAAAUGGUUCACACCGUUACCGCUGGAUGUUACGAACUUAUUAGACUGGCUCCUGGGCGACAAAGAUCCCAGCAAGAUCAUGGAGAUAAGGAACGAGACUUUAGGCUUGAUUGGCUGUUGGGCUAAUGUUCAUUUCGCUGGACAUGAUACCAGUAUGCUACCACGAAUGGAUCUAUCAGGUCGGUAUCUAGUUGUCGAUGAUACAGGUGGUCUAGUGCUUUCAGCAGUGGCGGAAAGAAUGGGGAUAUUGCACCAAACACUGCUCGCGGGGGACCUACAAGAGUCUGCUGAGGACAACCUGGAUGAUGAGGCUGAGCAGGAUGAGGCUGAGCAGGAUGAGCUAUCCUUGCCACACAAGCCACGGAAGCAUCAUGUUGAACUUACAGCCAUGAGCGCGACCUCAAAUUCCAUCACCCUAAUUCAUGCGAACCAACAGCCCAACCUUAAUUUGUUACGAUACUUCAACUUCGAUACAAACUCACCGACACCGUCACACCCUCUCUACACCAGCCUCAGAACGCUCUCAUGGCUGCAACUAGUGGAUCCGGAAUCUGACCAAGCCUAUCAAGAACCCGAGUUCAUGUCUCCGGAAGAACUCGCUAAUGCAAAACCCAACCGAAGAAGCACAUACUACCGCAAACGGCGUCGGUGGGAGCGAACCAAGAAAGUGGUCGAUGAGACUCGAGCAGGUGGCUUCAGUGGACUUGUCGUCGCUACAUUCACCGACCCGGUCUCAGUCUUGGGCCACCUUGUUCCCCUCUUAGGCGGCGGUAGCCAGAUAGUGGUGUAUUCUCCACAGGUUGAGCCCUUGGCAGAGCUGGCAGACUACUAUUCUACGGCAAGGAGAACGGCGUUUCUGAAUACGCCGAAGGAAGACAGGGUCGUUCCAUCCAAGAACUUUCCGCUCGAUCCGACGUUGCUUCUGCCUCCGAUGGUGCAGACGUCACGAGUAAGGAAAUGGCAGGUGCUGCCUGGACGGACACAUCCACUAAUGAGCGGAAGAGGUGGUGCCGAGGGUUAUGUUUUUGUGGCAACAAGAGUAUUGCCUGCGGAUGGCAAGGUUCAGGCCAGAGGAAGACCGCCACGCAAUAAGAAACCCAAAAUGCAGGACACCGAUAGUCUCCAGGCGGAGAGUGAUACUCCAUCGAUAUCGAAGGAGUCUAGGAUCCAGAGUCACGUGAAUCAGCUGGACGAGGAUAUCACGAUGGCUGAAGUAUUGGGGGCUCAAGGGGAGAAGGAGAUUGAGACAGAAGCCUAG